AUGUCGAACUUCGGCGAGGCUCUCGCGCCACAGGGUCCUGAUUAUUCGACCUGGAGCACAGAUAGCUUGAUCGCCAGGAUCACAGAGUUGGAGCGCCAACUGCACGCUCAGACAGUCCAGCUCUCAGCCCCGGCACCCUCAGCUGGUAGCGGUUCUUUGUCUACAGAAACCGUCGCGGGGGUGAAUACGAAAGCUACUUCUGAGCCUUCGGUAGCAGCGCCAACGAGCCCCAAGCAGAAAAAGCCGCUUCCUCCGCCUGAUGACUUCACGCGCGUGGCCUCGCCGACCAAGCCUGCGAAAGUGGUGCGAGAAAUCGAUCCCUCGAAAUACCAUACGCGCUUCAUCGCCCUCAAAUUUGCCUAUCUGGGGCAGCGAUAUAACGGCUACGAGCAUGCGAACGGGAACACGACGCCUUUGCCUACCAUAGAGGAGGAAUUGUGGAAGGCGCUGCGGAAAACAAGACUCAUAUUUCCUACGGGAGCUUCCGGCGACGAUGAUAUUGGAGACGGACCUAGGGCUAUGCGGCCGUACUCGAUCAGCUGGGAUGGCUGUGAAUAUUCUAAGUGUGGCCGGACAGACCGAGGCGUGAGCGCUUUUGGUCAGGUCAUCAGCCUUCGAGUACGCAGUGCGCGACCCAAAAAGCCAGUAAAGAGCAAGAGCCCUCCUCCAGAGGUUGAGUCAGCCGGUAGCGAAGCCGACUCGCAGUGGGAUGAUGUUUCAAAUGAACUACCAUACAUACACAUCUUGAACAAUGUGCUUCCAGAGGACAUCCGAAUACUGGCAUGGUGCCCCCAUCCGCCUCCUGGAUUUGACGCCCGCUUUUCCUGCCGGGAACGUCAGUACAGAUACUUCUUCACGCAGCCUGCAUUUUCCCCGACUCCAGGACCUGCUGGAUUUGCGCGAAACGCAGGCAACCCUUACAGGGAGGGUUGGUUGGAUAUUGACGCCAUGCGAGAGGCCGCGAAGCACUUCGAAGGUGUGCAUGAUUUCAGAAACUUCUGUAAGCUGGAUACCAGCAAGCAGAUUGAGAAUUUCGAACGUAUCAUAUACCAUGCAGAUAUUGAACUGGUUGACCCCAAGUCGAAUCCACUGGGGUAUGUUGGGAAGCCGGGGUUCCAGCCCUUUAAAGACGGCGGCAACACUGCCAACGUGGCACAGUCAGAGGAUAAGUGGCCGUCCACCCCGCAGGUGUACACUUUCACUCUCCAUGGAUCAGCCUUCCUCUGGCACCAAGUUCGGCACAUGGUGGCCAUUCUUUUCCUUGUUGGCCAGGGAUUGGAGUCGCCUAGCAUCGUCCCCGAACUGCUGGAUAUCGCAAAGAAUCCUCGAAAGCCCGCUUAUGACAUGGCGUCUGAUGCUCCACUGGUGCUGUGGGACUGUAUAUUCCCUGACGAGUCGAGCGGUAGCCGCGCGGAUGCGCUCGAGUGGAUUUAUGCUGGCGAUCCAAGCAUCAGUGGAUCUCUGACUGGUAAAGGGGACGGCAAAUUCGGUCUCGGAGGUAUUGUUGAUGAAUUGUGGUCUGUAUGGCGACAGAGGAAGAUCGAUGAAGUCCUCGCAGGAGCAUUGUUGGAUCUGGCAGUGAGCCAGGGUGAUCAAAGCAUUAUCCAAGAUGGCCCGAAUGCAGUUAAGCCUUCUCGCAGUCAGAAAGUCUUCUAUGGCGGAAACGAGGCGAGGGCAGGUGGCAAAUAUGUGCCUGUCAUGAAGAGAAGGAAGCUGGACGCAGUGGAGGUCCAAAACGCAAGGUAUCUUGCAAGCAGGGAAAGGAGAACAGAGAGGAACCAAGGAGCCGAGCUUGACAAUGCAUAA